AACAACAACCAUGUGUAUAUCUGUCAGUCUGAGCGGAUUUGUGGUGCUGGGCUGCAUGUUUGCCCCCAAAGUCCACAUCAUCAUGUUCCAGCCUCAGAAGAACGUCACCAGUCACCGGUUAAACAUGAACCGGUUCAGUGUGAGCGGGCCGGCCACUAGCUACGCGUCCCACGCAUCUGUGGGCGCCCACUACGUCCCGACGGUGUGCAACGGCAGAGAGAUUGUCGACUCCACCACUUCCUCUCUGUGACCCCGCCCCUUCCUCCAGACUCCUGCUCCUUAGCGACUGUUAGCCAAUCAGCACACAUUGUGCUAUGCCCAAGAACUAGGUCCUACAGUGCGUAGAAAGUGUGUAUGAUUAUUAUGAUUAUUAAAUUAUUUUUAGGGCUUGUUGUAAAUAUAGACAGUCUGACACUGUUGUAGAGAAACAAAAGAACAAAAAAAUCCUUUAUAGAGAGAUUUUGGAAACUUUUGUUUUGAUAGCUUUAUGUAUGUCGUAAACUGCCAUGAUGUGAUGAUGUAAAACACAGACCCGUUUUUGAUUGGGCCACAGUAGAGACUGACAGAAACGGCUCCGCCUGCAAUACUGGACACUGGAAUUUGUGGUCGUUUUCUUUUGUAGGCCUCAUUGUAAUAACCUAACUGUAUGUAUUUCUUGUUGUACAUUUUGUACAGAAUCUUAACCGAUGGUUUUAUCAGCACAAAUCGACGGUAUUAGAGUCUACGCUGGUCAUGAGGUCCAGAACAGAAACCAUCGAGUAAGCGCUCGCGCCUCAAAAUUCACGUCGUCUCAUCACAGGCAGUGGCUUGACGCCAGAGGUUACAACACCAUUUUUGUACACUGUCAUGACAUCUGAAAGCAUAUUACAUUAACUGCAUCUCAUAAGCGUUGUAUUCAGAUUGGCUGUGAUGCAUGUUUAUGUUGCAGCACAGAUAUGCAGUGCUACGAGACAUUAUAUGUUUACAUUGCCUGUGACGAGAAGCCUUCAGGGACAGAAAUUCUGGAAGAUGAGCAUGUGAGGCACUUUACAAAAUUGACUUACCUCUUUUUCACCGUCAUGGUGCCGUUGCUGGUGCCGUCCCACACUUGUCGACUGGAUAAAAGGUGAUUUGCCAGAAAAAAAAACGGGUCCACACCUGCCCCUUAAACCUGCAUGUGACAAAGCAAGAAAGAGUAUUGUCAGAGGUCAAAUAAUAGGAUAAUAUCCUCACCAAAUAUACUUUUAAAACAUUAAUCAGAAUUAGAGGUCUAUCCCAACUCUGGCACCGACACCAUUUCAGUGGAAAACUGGUGA